AUGGCGAAUACUUAUUCGACGUGGAUGCAGUGGCUUGUAUCGACUAAUAAUGUCAAACAGCUAUGGGUAGCUCAACCGACGUAUAUAAUAUCGCAGAUAAUAUAUGUUCUAGCGGGUGUAGUUACUUUGGUACAUGCUUUCAAGAAAGGUGGUCGGUGGCCAUACUUUUGGCUGGGGACCGUACUGCACGGACUUUAUGCUGACAACUUUUGGCAUUUUGUACUGCCGGAAUACGACAACUUCUGGCAUUCUCAGACACCUGUUAUAUUUCUGGGAGGACGUCUUCCGCUACACAUAAUAUUACUAUACCCAGCGUUUAUAUAUCACGCUGCAUAUGCUGUGCAUAAAUUGAAUCUGCCAAGAAAUGCACAGCCUUUUGCAGUUGGACUUUUAACAGUGUUAAUCGACAUUCCAUAUGACAUAGUAGCGGUUAAAUUUGUCCACUGGACGUGGCACGAUACCGACCCUAACAUUUACGACCGUCAUUACUGGGUUCCGUGGAACUCGUACUACUUUCACGCUACUUUUGCAUCCAGUUUCUAUUUCUUUUUCGACGCGAGCAGAAGAUGGCUGGCACCAAGAGUCGCUCAGUGGUCUUCAGCUGGGAAGGGGGUGGAAUGGAAAUCUUUAAUCAUAGCGACAUUGUUGGGCAUGCCUGGCGGAGUUCUACUGUUUGUUCCUAUUUACCAUCCUUUACACGAUCUCUUUAAUGUACACUCGGAAGUAACGUUCUUCCUGCUAUUCUCCAUUUAUUCUGUUGUCGUCCUACAAGGCCUUUUAAGCGAUCGUGUAAAGAAUAAUGAAAAACUCACUACUAUUGAUUACGUUCUGAUAAUACAACUGGCUAUUCACUACAUAAUUUACUGGGUGUUUGUGGUCUUCUUCAACCCUGAGAGAGAAGUGUCUGUGGGCCUGCAUGAGCCGGUUGGCCCUUGCAGCGAAGUGUCUUCGUUAGUGUCGCCCUUUGGACAGACUCUAUAUAAAAGGAAAUACUUCUGCCCUGACGAUUACGAUGAAAAGUAUUUUGACUUUCAUUGCGUCGGCGGCAAAAAACCGGCAAAUGGCGCCGAGUGGUACACCAUCUGCGGAACUUCUUUUGAGAAUCGCAUGGAGUACAUAACCGUGCUAUCCACAAUUCUAAUCGUGGCAUCCGGAGUCUUCUACGGAAUUUAUUUCAAAACGAACAAACAAUCAAGUAAAAAAAAUAAUUGA